AUGGCCACCCCUUUCGGGCCUUUCAACAAUGUCCCUAACGAAACCCUACUCAAUAUCCUAAGUAGCGUCAACGCUACAGAUCAUCUCAGCGUCAAGCUUGUGUCCAAGAGAUUCCGCGGCUGGGCCACUGACAUCGACACGACUACCCUCACCCUCGCAGAAGUAUUCCCAAUUUUCUACGAUGCAGGAAAGGAAUCAGGAGAUAGCGAGGAUCCAUGCCGAUCCUGGGUGCGCUUGGUAUUGGCAGAAAGUUGGGACUGUGAGUCGAGAUCUUGGUCAUCUGUUGCCGGUCUUUCCGUCCUGGGGGGAUCAGAGCCUGAGGGGCAGAGCAUCAGGGGAAGUACAACUGAGGAAGAGAUCGAUUAG